UUGAUUUCCUCAUACAAUUAGUGAUCUACAAUAAAAACUUUCCUUAUAUAUACACAAUACCAACUCUUAGUCUUCUCCAUCCUCCUUCAUAAAUCAUAAGGCAUAACUCUCAUUAUCACCCAUCUAUAUAUCAUCCUUCUUAAUUCAUCUCCAUUCUUUCUCGCUCCGGUCUUUGAAAAUGUCGUGUAACGCCGCGGAGCUCCUCCCGCUCCUUGGUGGAACAGCCAACGCGACAGCCGCAGCAUCCUACAUAUGCGACCGCUUUACAACGGUCACAUAUGCAGUAGACAACACAUACUUAUUAUUUUCAGCUUAUUUAGUGUUUGCAAUGCAACUUGGGUUUGCCAUGUUAUGUGCGGGCUCAGUUCGGGCCAAAAAUACUAUGAAUAUUAUGUUAACUAAUGUUCUUGAUGCUGCUGCUGGGUCUCUUUCUUACUAUCUAUUCGGGUUCGCCCUUGCUUUUGGGGCACCCUCUAAUGGGUUUGUGGGACGUCAUUUCUUUGGACUUAAACAUGUUCCAUCAUCUUCCGAAUCCGGAACAUUUGACUAUAGUUUUUUCUUAUAUCAAUGGUCCUUUGCGAUCGCAGCCGCUGGUAUCACUAGCGGCUCCAUUGCUGAAAGGACUCAAUUUGUAGCUUAUCUUAUUUACUCCACUUUUUUGACUGGUUUUGUUUAUCCAAUUGUUUCUCAUUGGUUUUGGUCUGUUGAUGGGUGGGCCAGCCCAACCAGAACAGAUAACUUGCUAUUUGGAUCUGGGGUUAUUGACUUUGCCGGGUCAGGUGUUGUUCAUAUGGUAGGUGGGGUAGCGGGUUUAUGGGGGGCUUUUAUUGAAGGGCCCAGGAUCGGUCGUUUUGAUCGAUCAGGCCGAUCAGUGAUUCUAAGAGGGCAUAGUGCGUCUUUGGUGGUUCUUGGGACUUUUUUGCUUUGGUUUGGAUGGUAUGGGUUUAACCCGGGUUCCUUUUUAACUAUUCUUAAGCCUUACGGGUCCCCCGGAGGGUACUAUGGUCAAUGGAGUGGGGUAGCAAGGACAGCUGUCACAACAACUUUGGCUGGUUCAACUGCGGCAUUGACUACAUUAUUUGGUAAAAGGUUAUUGGUGGGACAUUGGAAUGUAAUAGAUGUGUGUAACGGGCUUUUGGGCGGGUUUGCGGCUAUUACUGCUGGGUGUUCGGUAGUUGAACCAUGGGCUGCUAUUAUUUGUGGGUUUGUAGCAUCUUGGGUUUUGACUGGGCUUAACAAGGUGGCUGAGAAGUUGAAGUAUGAUGACCCGCUUGAGGCGGCCCAAUUGCAUGCGGGUUGUGGUUCUUGGGGCUUGCUCUUUACGGGGCUAUUCGCAUCUAAACAUCAUGUUGAGGAAAUCUAUGGGGUGGAUCGCCCUUACGGGCUUUUUAUGGGUGGCGGUGGAAGGUUGCUGGCGGCACAAGUGAUCCAAAUAUUGGUGAUAUCCGGGUGGGUAACAGCCACAAUGGCUCCUCUGUUUUUAAUACUGAAGAAGCUUAAACUUUUAAGGAUCUCAAGUGAAGAUGAGACUGCGGGUAUGGAUAUGACCCGACAUGGUGGGUUUGCUUAUAUUUACCAUGAUGAAGAUGACCCGUCACAAAAACCAUCGUUUAUGAUGAGGAGGGUUGAGCCAACUAGCUCAACACCUAGUCCUAACCCAUACAAUAUUAAUGUUGGAACAAAUGUAUGAUUGUUUGUGAGUCUUAUAAAGUAUUUGCUAUGCUUCCUUCGUUGUAUUUCAUAUUGUACGUAAUUUAAUGUAUAUUUUAAUUUUAAAUUUUUUUAUUUUUUUACUAAACGAAAAAUUAUAAAAAUUACAUAUUAAAAAACUAAACUUGAUGACGAAUAAAACAAAAUGUCAUAUUAUAAAUAUAUUAUUUGUUUUGC